GGCUUUACUGAUAGCUUUGCUGAACUGAUAGCUCUUAUAGUGUCUGACUCCUCAAGUUUGAACGUUUGUGAAUCUGUAGCUGUUAUGAUCGUAGUUUUAUGGUGUUUCUCCUCAGCUCAGUGUGCGAGCUCAGGACUCUGAGCAGCUCUGCUCCUCCUUCAAAUAGCUAUUUUCUCUCUGUCUCUCUGCUUGCUGCUGCAGAUCACUUAAGGGUCGCUUGAGGAGCACAAGCGGAGGAGGAUUGCAGCAAUUUUUCUACAAAACAGCAUCUCAAAUCCAGACACAAUGCAGGGGAAUGAGAAGGCAGUGGAUGGCGAUCUGUUACCUGAUGCCAAUGGGAAAGAUCCAAACCCGGGUGGACAGACAGAGGGCUCCAAGUGGCAGAGACCACGGCUCACGCGUAAAUCUCUGAUGAAGUGCUGUCUCGUCAAGUGGAUUAUCGCCAGUACCACGCAACAAGGGCCAGAUGACAGCUGCGACAGUGACCUUGAACUCUCCAUGGUGCGUCACCAACCUGAGGGCCUCGACCAGCUCCAAGCCCAGACACAGUUCACCAGGAAGGAGCUUCAGUCGCUUUACAGAGGCUUCAAAAAUGAAUGUCCCAGUGGGCUAGUGGAUGAAGAAACUUUCAAGACCAUUUACUCACAAUUCUUCCCUCAAGGAGAUGCAACCACGUAUGCACAUUUCUUGUUCAAUGCAUUUGACAUGGACAGAAGUGGCUCCAUCCGGUUUGAGGACUUUGUGAUAGGAUUGUCUGUGUUGCUUAGAGGCUCUGUUACAGAGAAACUUCGAUGGGCGUUUAACCUGUAUGACAUCAACAAAGACGGCUACGUCACUAAAGAGGAAAUGAUGGCAAUAAUGACCUCCAUUUAUGACAUGAUGGGCAGAUAUACCUUACCCAGUGUACGAGACGAUUCCCCCCUUGACCAUGUGGAGAGAUUCUUCCAGAAAAUGGAUCGGAACAGAGAUGGAGUCGUGACGAUAGAUGAAUUCAUAGAAACCUGCCAAAAGGAUGAAAAUAUAAUGGCUUCCAUGCAGCUCUUUGAGAACGUCAUCUAGUUUCUGUGGAGGGACGUGGAUCAGUAACGCUGCAUAGUGCUUCUAGCUGCAAGCCUUUAUAGGCCGGAAAUAACUUAAUUCAUGCUGAAAAGGAAAAACUGGGUCAUGCGACACAUUUAACACAUUUUAAUACAAACUGGCAGACACUGUUAUUUUUCCUGUAAAGCUGUUCUGUGUAGAGAAAUGUGCAAAAUUCACCAAAUCACUUAAAGAAGAGACGUUUAUUUACAUGACAGUUUUCAUCGUUGUCAGAUGAGCAUGAGAGCUUGCCCAACACUAAAAGCAUGUGAUGCAAACUACAUUGAACACAGACAAGAGAUUUUAUUGAUGAACACUUUGAAACUUGGGCAAAUGAGAAUACUUUGUUAUUGUACUGUGUAAUGGGAAUUUCAUGAGACAAACACUGCCCUGUAACUAAUCUCACUAGGGACCUCCGGUCUCUUGGGUAUGGGGUCAAUGGAAGGUAAAUGUGGGUGAUGCUUUAUGAUAUGUCCGGGGGGGUCAUGACUUUAAGUGGUUCACCACAUGUAUCUGAACAUGAUAGUCUUACGUUGAGUGUCCCCUAGGGAACACUAAAGACAUCAUGUUCCCUUGAUGAGAUAGUGCUCCAACCCUGAGAUUAGGUUAACAGCUGCAUGUGCUGAGACACUGCAGCUCACUCGGAUGAUACUCUGAUGCGUGUGUGUCUCAGUGAGUUCCUUCUGCAGAAGACUUGAAUAAAAUUCACAGAAAGACAAGUGUUUGCCUGAGCUGUUUAUUACACCCUAUAACACCCUCGUUCCCACAACUGUAAAAGAAAUAAUUAUGUUUUUAAGUUCUUCAGAUUUUUGUGUAAAUGUGAUACCCAGUCAUUGUCAUGUUGACCCAAAACCUGCUGAAAUAAAUAGGCUAUUUACCUUCACAUAUUAACUUCUUACAGAAAAUAGUACAUCAGAAAUAAAAUUAUAUUUUUCUUGCAUCUGUCUCAUAAUAAUAACUCUUGUUUCUUGUGCUUUGACUGUCUCCCUCUUUCUACAGUACAUCCUUCCAGCUAAAGGCCCAAUUUAAGGUUAAUAUGGCACAGGUGAAAGUUAAGGAGACAAAACCAAUAAUUCCCUUAACCACUGCUGAGCAGUAAGCUUUUCAUGAAUAAAAGGAAGUACAAACAUACAAGUGGGAGCUGAUACAAACAUGUGAUAGAAAAUAGCCCUAGCCUUUGCAUUUGGUGAAUAAUGGUAGAAACCUAAACGUAUGUGAAAUGCCACCAUCAGCAGAAAUCAUUCAACCUGUACUGUAUUAUUGAUCUUGAACCAAUAGCAAAGCAGGGAAUGCUUUGGGGAGGAGCUGUGCUGGCUCUGUUGAGUGGAUGCUGGUGUGGAAAUCAUACCAAAAUGCUGCUCUCCUGUACUGUAAGUGUUUGACAAAGGACUGCUGUUCCAGCAUCACGACCUCUCGGUGCGACCGGUCAGAAAGGUAAAAAAACAAAAAACAUUUAACUAAUAUUUUUCACAUUUUGAAUGUAAGAAGUAUUAAUUGCAAAAUGAAUGGUGUCAACAUUUUAACUGUGUGAUUUAAGAUUUAGAUAUCCUCCUUCUCCC